GAGAAGAAGAAGACAGCCGCAGGAGGUGUUAUGACCGGUUAGGACAGAGAGCACGUCCUUCACCGCACCGCUACAGGAAGUUCAAACUCACAGUUUGUUAGGUGGUGACUGAACCGCUCUGCCAUCGACCAGCUGCCCUGGCUCUGAAAGCAGAUGUAGCAGGCUUGUGUUGAUUGGCGAUCAGAUCUAUCUAUCUACGCCUGAAGGGAUGAUGCUGAUGCUAUUUAGCUACAUUCAGUCAUAUAGAAUCUGGUGGAGCAGCAUGUCCGCCCUUUCAGCCUAAGCUCCAUCAGUCAUCUCUCAUUGAUGUCAGUCGGACUCUUUGAGCCUGGAAGGCCCCCAGCCGUAUCACUGCACGUUAUGUAACAUUACACACGAGCUAGUCCCCAAUGCUCAUAAGAGUAGUUCACAUUCGGAUAUGAUUUGGAUUGUGAUAUCAAAGACAGAAUGGACCAUGACACUGUGAAGUUCUUGCACAAGUACACAUGGACUUUCUAAAGGAACAGAGAUGAUACCUUUUAUUAGUUGACCCCCAAGGAGGAAGGAAUGGCACCUGCAGGGGGAGCAUUGUUGAUCCAGACACCAGUGCAGCUCUAUCGAUAUCUCCUCAGAUGUUGCAGACAGUUGCCGACCACAGUGAUGCAGCACCACUACAAACACGCCAUAAGACAGGGUUACAAGAGUCACUCGGAUGAAGAUGACCCAGAGCGGAUCCAAAUGAUAAUCCACAGAGCAGUAGCAGAUGCUCAGUGGAUUCUUGAUAAAUAUACUAAGAAGAAGUGAGGCUCUUGAGAAGAGAGGGUGUCCACUGCACUGCUGCACCUGACAUGGUUGUAGGUCUCAAAUCAGGGGCUGUAUUCAUGUUAAAUGGACUCAUGUAGCUGGCCACUGAAAGAGCUUUAACUUGGUCACAUUCACACAUUUGGGGUUUAGGGUUCAGUGUCUUGCCCAAGGACACCUCAACAUGUGGAAUUGAGGAGGUGGAACUUGAACCUCUGACCCUCUAAUGCUGAGUUGAAUAAAAUAUUUAAAAGUGUAAAUACAGUAGUUAGAAUAAAAUGUGUUGACAAUGUACAGUUUGUCUUUUUUAAUAAAGGAAUGAUUAUAGCGCA